AGCAUUAUUUGGCUCCUCACCCCGGCGGGCUUGGUCGCACUUAAUGGUGGAAUGUUCGAGAUAGGAGUGCGAGUGGUGAUUCAUGGCAUGGAUGGAAAGGAGGGUGCUGAAGCAGUCUCUUGGCUGUCCAUUAAUUUUGCACCGCUGUGGGCCUCUGCACACUCUAAGGAGAUUUCUGCGAUUGACAGUGAUUCAGCCACUUAUGAGUGCAAACUCCUGGCUGAUGACUUUGGGGGUGAGAAAGUCUAUUGCAAGGCAGCAAACCUGAAACUGGCCUCAGAUGCCGCUGCAGAAGACCCAGACAAGCGACUGGCCGAUUUGGUGAAAGACAAGGGUGGAGACAGGAGUAGCUCAGAAAAGUCAAAGGGAAAAAGUAAGAAGAAGAGUAAGAAAAAGAAAAAGAGGAAGAGCAGCAGCAGCAGCAGCCCCAGCAGCAGCAGCCGAAGCAGCAGCACAAAUGCGCCCAACCGAAAGAAGCGCGGCACCAUGUUCAACAGAUCCACCUUGGAGGUUGCUGAAAAAGCGGCCAAACGGCACAAGAAAGACCGCGAAGGUGGAGCUGCAGCUGCCGCGGCUCUCCUGGGGCUUAGAUGACACUGGAAUACCCAUGGUGCGCUAUGACCAAAGGAGAUUCGCG